AUGGUGGUGGAGGUAUAUCUCCCCCACCGCCAUAAUAGAAUCGGUCUGGGCAAACUUGCCCACAUCAAGGGGAUCCUAGACCGGGUCGGGGAUGUGGCACGACAGUGCUAUCCCCGACCCAUCGUACUUGCCGAAGAUUCCAACGCCCACUCCACGGAGUGGGGUUGCGAUCCUCGGCAGGAGGAUUCCCGGGGCGAGGCCCUGAUUGACUGGGCGGCGGGUCUGGACCUCCUGUUGAUGAACAGGGGGUUAACCGGUACCUACGUGCGGCCGAACGGGGAGUCCGUCAUUGACUUGACGUGCUGGACCGCUGCCCUGGGGAGGGAAACUUUCCCCUCCCCAGAAGGUAGGCCAUCAGUCAACUGGAUGAGGACAGGUUCCAGGCGGCCGCCCUUGUGGCCACCUGGCACCUCGACGCACCAGCGCCGGGCUGUAUACUGGUGGACGGCGGCCCUUUCCGAUCUUCGGGAGGCCGCUGUUCAAGCCAGACGGGAUUAUUUCCGGGCCCGGCGACGCGACAGGGAAGCCGCGAGAGAAAAAGAGGGCUACCUCGAAGCGACGAAAGCCUUUAAGGCCGCCAUCGUCGAGGUGAAGAAGGGAGCCUGGGAGAAGAUGGUGAACUUCCUGGACGAGGAUCCAUGGGGGCGCCCCUACAAACGGACGAUUGGAAAGAUCCGCCCGUGGGCCUUGGACCCCCAGGCCCUCGAGGGGCUCCUGGCCACUCUCUUCCCGAAAGUGGAAGGGGGCCCCCCAAGAUCCCUGCUUCUGAGAUUCAGGAGGCCUGGAGGUCUCUCCGGAGGAGUUCACCAUGGCCAGGAAGAGACUCGGGGCCAAAGGCAAAGCGCCUGGCCCCCAUAG